AUGGCACCAAAAAUUUACAAUGUGGGCAUCAUUGGAUAUGACCUGAGAAAUCCAAACCCUGCAAACGAUGCUGGGAAAGACUAUCCUGGCAUCCAAAGCUAUCGCUCAACAGAAGAGAUGGUCAAAGAUGCCAGUGUCGAUGUCGUGGUUGUGACAACCACUACAGAGACUCAUUCCGCCUUCGCUCAAUUAGCAUUGGAAGCGGAGAAGCAUGAUAUUGUGAAAAAGCCGUUUACACCCACUCGCCAAGAAGCAUAUGAAUUGGUUCCCCCCAUCGGAGAGCCAGAAGCGUUUAAUUUCCAUCGCAGAUGGGAUGCUGGUUUCAUUACACUUUCAACAUUGGUGACUGAUGAUUCUCUGGGCCGGAUCACUGACUUUGAGGUUCACUUUUACCGACAUCUCCCUGAGAUACCGACGAAGAGUAGUUGGAAAACAAAACCGAUGCCCGGAAAUGGCGCCUUAUAUGAUCUUGGAACCCAUCUCAUCGAUCAAGUUGUCUAUUUGUUGGGGCUUCCAAAGAAAUUGACUGGGUCUGUUGGCUCCCAGAGGGAGGACAACGACUCAGGAUACGAAGAUUCGUUCACAUUGCUUCUCCACUAUGAUCGAAUUUUGGCUACGGUAUAA